AUGAGCAAUAUCACAGAGAUAGACAUAGAAGCCGGAAUAACUGAGGACAUUUCUGGAUCAAAUGAACAAUCAAAGUACAUAGAACCGGUCUCAGACAUAAUAGAGAAAACUAAAAUCUCCUCAGAUUCAUCAACGAUAAAUGAACCCCGUAUAGCAGACGAACAUACAAUUUUUAAAAAAUCAAAUUUUGUUUCUAAUAACGUCGUAAUAUCCUUCUGUGCUUUGGCAAUCAUGCAUAUACCUGUUGGCUAUCCGUAUUAUUGCUUUACGUCUAUAUUUGUUUUUGAAAUAACCUUUCGGACUUUUUAUCUAAUCAUAUGGUUCAAUAAUAAACGCAUAUGUUUAGAAAGCUUUGUUGAUCGCAUAGCAACAUUUAUUGGUGGAUUGGAAUAUCUUGCAUUGACUUCAUUCAAUCGCAUGCCCCCUUCGUGGUCUAUGUCACGCGCUCUUUCUUGCAUACUCGGACAUAUUAUUAUUGGCAUACUGCUUGAUGCAAUAUUUCUUGCUCAAAUCUAUAGUGGUUCUAAGGAAAGCAAUGAUUCGUUUGCUAAUAGCCAUGCUCUGCAACAACGAACCAAACUUUUCAACUGGAACACUGUUUCCGCAAAAGCGUUGACUUCUGGUCUUUGGGGAUAA